AUGAAUGCACGUUCUCAAACAUUUGAAUUUGCUAUUGAAGGUCGACAAAUAGCAGAAGUUAUUUCUUGUAUGUUUCAUACAAUUCUCUUUCAUCGUUGUGUUGGAAAGUAUAAUACAAAAGGUUCAGAUAAUUAUUCAGUUGGCACCUUGGGUUAUACCGACAUUGAUUGCGAUUAUACUGAUUUCACAUAUAUUGUUACGACUAGUCAAGAACUUCAACAAACAAUAUCGGAUAAAAUUAAUCAAUUUCAAGAUAAACUUCGUUUAUCUGGAUUGAAUAGUAGUGGUCAAAUUACACUCGAAUUUUAUCAAAAGAAAAAAUCGGGAUGGAUGUUUAAACCUGAAGAAAUUCCGUGGGAAAUUUGGACAAUUAAAAUUGAACAAAUGCAAUUGUCAAGCGAAAAUGAACGACAAUUUAUGCGUGAAAAACUGUCAGAUGUAUUAGCUGAAAGAGUUUUUCAAAUAACAGAAAUUAUAAACAAACCGGAUUAUGUACCAAAACCACCUCAUUUAUCUGAACUUGAUUUAGUAUUUGAUACGUCUUACACGGAUAUUCAACCAUAUUUAUUCAAAAUUAAUUUUAGUGAUACACCGACAAUUGCGAAUCAUGUAAGAACAAUACUCAAAGAAGCAUUCAAUACAUCGCUUUAA